CUUGUUUGUUUCAAACAGAUUGCCCUGCGAACUAGUGGUUGCAGACAUGGAGCUUGGAAAAGUAGGAAUUGUUUUGUUUGGUGUGAUAUUAUGUCUACCUUGUUGCGCAGGCGAAAGUAACGCAGCUGAAAAGCCCAAAUGCUACGAGUCUCAUGAAAACGACGGUACUUGCACAGAUCCGUGCUCUUCAAACCCCUGUAAACCUGGGCCCAAAAAAUGUAAACGUGAAGAAGGAACAAGCGAUGGUUACAAAUGUGUGUGUCCGAAAGAUACACUUGGUAAAGAAUGUGAAUUCCCAGGUCCAUGCGUUUCAACGCCAUGUCAGCAUAAAGGAGAAUGUAUACAAGUCGGGGAUGCUGGAAUGUAUCGGUGUGACUGCACAAAAACGAAAUUUAUUGGUUAUUUUUGCGAAUUUAAAGAUCCCUGCUUGAGCAGAGCCUGCCAGAACGGAGGAACGUGCAAUUCAGACCCCGAUACAGGAGGUUACACGUGUGAAUGCAAGCCUGGCUUCAUCGGACCAGCGUGCGGUGAUAAAGAUAAAUGUUUUAACAACCCUGGCAUUUGCUCUGGUCAUGGUUUAUGCACAUCGGAUCCAAGUCAAAGAGUUCUGUGUAUAUGCGAUGAUGGAUAUAAAGGGGAAUCCUGCGAGAUACAUGUUCAAAACUGCACCAACAAUCCUUGUAAACCAGGAAAAUGUAGUAUGGAUGGCUCGAAAGUAAAAUGUUCUUGUGGAGACUAUUAUUCAGGAGAAUAUUGCGAACAUAAAGUGACCUGUUCCGACAAUCCUUGCGAGAAUGGUGGUUUAUGUAAAACUGUGGAUGAUUCAUACAGUUGUUCUUGUCAAGCGGGAUACUCUGGAGUACGAUGCGAAAUAAUAGAGUUUCCAUGCGGUAAAGAUAUUAACACCGACUUUAUUGCGAAAGAGUGCAAUCAAUAUCAUCAAUUCUAUUCUCUGGACGAAAAUAAAAAGGAAAAAUGCUAUUGCCGACCUGGAUAUACUGGGGAAAAUUGUGAAGAUACCGUUGCGAAUUGUGAAGGCGUCACGUGCAUGAAUGGCGGAAGCUGCGUCAAGAGGGAAAAAGAAAAAGUAGCGUGUAGUUGUGUAGAUGGCUUUACGGGAUUAAAUUGCGAAUACGAAGAGAACAAAAUUGUUCAACCUCCCGAAAAGAGUUUUUUCUGCCCAGUUGUGCAAUCAAUUAAUGAGAGGGCUGGUUGCAAGAAAUGUAUAGCAAAUACUGCAAAUUGCAUCGGUUGUUGUAAAAAGAAAGCUUCAAUGUGUGAAGCAAAUUGUGAUCGACUGGAUCAAUUUUGUAAAAGUUGCAAGCCAGGAACAUCGAACUUUAACCAAUGCAAAAGCAUUGUGGACAAGUGUACAGAAAAAAAAUUGAAAAGUUGUAAAGAAGCUUGUGGAAAAGAAGAUUGCAUCAAGGAAUGUGACAGAAUAAAUGCGGAGAUGCCGGAUGAUGGCAGUGUAUGCCCCAGUGUGUAUAAUUGCCCAACACAUCCCAAAGAAUUUGAGACCACAAGUAGUGAUGGAAUCGUGACAGGAUAUCAAUGUAGGGCACGCAAGUACCCAAAUGGGAGGAUAGAAUGUGUUUACAACAGAGUACAAGCAGAGAAAGACGAUUACCAUUCCUAUAUAAUGUUUCCAAGAAUCCACUUUGCAGGAAAGGUUCAAAUUGAUUCGGCGACUUUAAAUAAUGUUUUCGACAACUUUAAUACAAAAACGUUCUCCUCUAUCAACGAAAAGAUUAGCCAAGAGAAUUGGAAUCCUUACGGAUCUAGUGAUUUCCGUCUUGUGGACGUUAAGGUUAUGAGAGUUUGUCAUAAAGACGAUCUAUGUAUGUACCUACCUCAUAAUGAUCAAUUGAUUGGGACUGCUGUGACUGACCAAGCGAACGGAAAAGUUUCGUCAAAAAUCGUCGAUCUCGACGUAGAAGUGCAAGGAAGAGUUUCAGAGAUAUACGGAAUGUCAAUGGAUGUGGGAGGAUAUUUCAAAGGCGACAUGCAACGUGCUUCGUUCCAAUCGUUAUGGUACAAAAUGAUAGACGAGCGUGAUGAUGAUUUUGGCGAAGGAUCGAGAUUCCAAAGUGUUCUAACUAAUGUCCAAUUUACCUCCAAAACCCCCGAAUCAAAAAUUAUCCAACAUUUUGAAGAAAAAAUUGGACCAAAUAGACAAUUGUCUAUAUGCUUUAAUAUCGAUUUGAUGGGAGAGCAUCCUGCUUCGAAUUAUAGCUACGCUAGAAUCGUUGGAUCAAUCGGUUUGGCCGGAGAAAAGGCGCCACAUUUUUUUAAUCAUGGGCGACUGUUACGCCGUUUGUCUGCAACUCGAGAACUUAGCUACGCUCCGCUCACUGUUAGCGAGGAUGAGUCAGUGGUAUAUAUCGACUUGGGAAACACACUCGCCAUUAGCAGAAAUGGACACAUCUUGAAGUCAGUAGGGGACUUGGCUCUGGGUGUUUUCGCAGGAAGCGACGGAACAGGCGUUGACACACCAAAUUGCUUAGACAAAAUAACGUGGAUAUCAAGAGUUUAUUACAAGGAAUAUGGUGGAUAUCUUUACACUUCUGGGAUAAAUGUAGUCGAUAUUCCAAAACCACUGAAAAAGAAGCUUGAUAAACAGUUUGUGUUAGCAAAGAUUGAUGAAAAAGGAGCCUGCACGACAAUUUUCCUUGCAGAAAACAAAGAAGGAAUUAAUGUUCGUUCAAAGAGCCAUUUCGUGUUUCGGGCGCAAUAUAAUGAAGUAAUAUAUGGCAGUCUAUUUUUCACCCGAUUUGGUAAGACUCCAACAAUGGAAAGGGAAAAUAAUGCAAUUAAUUUAAAGCUGGAGAAAGCUGAUUCAAUCAUCAGAGACCAUCCGGAAGGCCCCGACCAGCCAUUUGGGCUAUUCCAAGAUGCCAAUGAUCCUGGCAUCUACAACUACUAUUUCUACGCGAUGAAUAAUCCAAAUAACAUACGAAAGAUUAUUGAUGGACAAAUUUAUGCAUUACAGUAUACAUACAAUGGCUACCCAUUAAAUCCUGAUAGAGACGAAGCAAUGAAUACAGCGAUUUGCAUUCACGUCUACGACGAAUUUGACCCACCCGAUCGGCCAACAUGGCUGACAGAUAUUUAUCCUAUCUUUCAUCUGUAUGACAACCUCUUUCCUGUAAUGCGAAGCUUCAUUAACCUGGCUGAUUACGACAGCGUAGUCGAGAAAAAAUGCCACGUGAUCACAGCUAUGUCAUUAAACUUUCACGAUCCACAGUUCAUGCCUGUCACACGUGACCUUUCUCCCCCGAAAACGGAAAUGAUUUUAAAGUGGCUAGAUGACGACAAGCCCGAGCUUGGUCAAUCGCAUCAAACGCAUUUGAAGAAACAGCGUUUAAUCGACAUGCUUCAAACCGCAUUACAACUGGAACAUUCCACAAUACCAAUUUACCUUAACGGUUAUCUUUCGAUAAAACCAUUCCAGAAUCAGGAGGUCAAGACGAUGUUGCAUCAGAUUAUUGUAGACGAAAUGUUUCAUUUCGCUCAAGUCGCUAACAUCAUUAACGGACUUGGUGGACGUCCUUAUAUUCUUGGCGAUACUUUCAUUCCUGCUUUUCCCACUCACCUUCCAGGGGGGUGUCGUCCAGAUAUGAUAGCGAGUAUAGACAAAAUUUCAAUGGAACAAGUUCGUGAUGUCUACAUGGAAAUUGAGGAACCGUCAUACGUUGAAAAGGAAAACGAGUUGGUUGCUCUUAUUAACAAAAUUUCCAAAGCAAACCUUCAGCCACAAGGUGAAGGAAAUUCAGCCACUCCUCCGGAUCCGGGAAAAUGUAAAGAAGCUCUUGCAUUGUUUCCCCCACCGAGCAAAGAGUUGACCAAAACAAGUCACGACACAAUUGGAGAUUUAUAUAUGUCCAUUGUUUACAUUCUCGGAGAAAUAGCUAUUUGCGGAAGAAAACAAAUAUUCACUGGCACAACAAAACAACAGGAAUGGCCGAAAAAGAAUCUUUUGCGAAAAGUUACGAAUUAUGAAGACGCCUUAAGAGCAAUCAAAGCAAUAGUUGACCAAGGCGAAGGAGCGUCGGCGUACAGUCCUUUGCAGCAGAAUGUCGAUUCAUCAGAGUUGGCGCAUUACUUUAAGUUUUCAUCCAUAUAUCAUGGUAAAGGACUUGCAACGUUCAACGUUACUUACGAGAAAAUUUUCAAUAACAACAAAAAGGAAUCCCACGAAAAUUACGCCUAUGUGGGUGAUAAAAUACCUUUCUUCCAAAACGGCGUUUGGCCUGUGGUGAAGAACCCACGGAUGUCAAAGUAUAAGCCUAAUAGUCAGGCUUACAAGAACGCAGAGGCUUUCAAUCACAUAUACAACACGCUUUUGGAAACUAUGCAGAGUGUAUUCGAUGGUAAUGUUGACAGAUUUGAUGAUACAUUUGGUCUGAUGAAAUCUCUGAUCGUUUACGGAAAUCGUGUGGUUCAGACACCGAUCGACGAAAACGGAGAUCCCAACGAAGGUCCUAAUGCGGGUCCAACUUAUAAUAACUGACUUGGAAAUCUUUAAUUUUUGU